AUGAAGCGCGCCAUUCACCUCGCAUCGGCGCCGUUGCGACCGCCACAAAUACUGCCGUUCCCUGUCCGUUAUGCGUGCCGCCAUUACCAUCAAGCUCAACCCAUAAAACACAUUACGAGGACGAAUACUAGGCAGUUUUCAGGGUCAUCACGGUCUCGAAUCGCCUUCCAAAAAUACACACUCCCUCCCACUUCAAAAUUCCGGUCGGGCAGCCUUGACCUCCCCGCCAAAAUGAGCGCUGCUCAAGAUCCCGCGCGCAAGCGGACGGCGUACAUCGCUCUCGGGAGCAACAUGGGCGAUCGCAUCGGGUGGAUUGAGAAGGCUUGCAACGAGAUGGACGCGCGGGGCAUCAAGGUGAAGCGGACGAGCAGCCUCUGGGAGACGGAGCCCAUGUAUGUGUUAGACCAGGAUAGAUUUGUCAAUGGCGCCUGCGAGGUUGAGACGACCCUAGAGCCCCUCGAGCUCUUAGAUAGCCUCCAGGAUAUCGAAAAGGCCUUGGGCCGAAAGAAGGUCAUAGACAAGGGACCCCGCAAUAUCGAUCUCGACAUCCUGCUCUACGACAACAUCGUGUUUGACCAUGAACGCCUCAAGAUCCCCCACAUUGGCAUACCCGAGCGUGAAUUUGUUCUUCGGCCCUUAGCUGAGCUCAUCCCAGACAAACCCAUCGACCCAGCCCGCCCAUGGCGCCUCACAGCCGACUACCUCGACGCCCUCCCGCGCUCCACCACCCCCCUGACCACCAUGACCCCUCUCUCCUCCCACCACCCGCCCAUCCAAGCCCUCAACUCCUCCCGCAAAACCCACGUCAUGGCCAUCCUCAACAUGACCCCCGACUCCUUCUCCGACGGCGGCCAGCACGCCCCCAACGACCAACCCACCCUCCACCAAACCAUCACCGCCCUCCUCGACGCCGGCGCCACCAUGAUCGACAUCGGCGGCCAAUCCACGGCCCCGGGGACCCCCGAAGUCUCCCUCGACGAGGAACUCUCCCGCGUCAUCCCCGCCAUCACCCUCAUCCGCGAACGCUUCCCCUCCCGGCCCGCACUCGUCUCCGUCGACACCUACCGCGCCUCCGUAGCCGAAGCCGCCGUCGCCGCGGGAGCCGACAUCGUCAACGACGUCUCCGGCGGCUCGAUGGACCCGGCCAUGCUACCGACCGUCGCCCGGCUCGGCGCGACCAUCUGCCUGAUGCACAUGCGUGGCACGCCGGCGACCAUGAACAACCUGGCGACCUACCCGGACGCCGAGGGGGGGUUGAUCGGGGGGAUCGCACGGGAGUUGGUGGCGCGUGUGCGCGCGGCGGAGGACGCUGGUGUGCGUCGCUGGCGUAUUGUGUUGGAUCCUGGGCUGGGGUUUGCGAAGGUUGGUCCGCAGAAUGUGGAUGUCCUGCGGCAUUUGGAGGAGCUGCGGAACUGGCCGGGCUUGCAGGGCCUACCGUGGUUGGUGGGGUCGAGCCGGAAGAGCUUUAUCGGGCGCGUUACGGGGGUGCCGACGCCCCGGGAGAGGAUCUGGGGGACGGCUGCUACGGUAGCGGCGGCUGUACAGGGUGGGGCGGAUGUGGUGAGGGUGCAUGAUGUGCGAGAGAUGGCGCAGGUUGUUGCUAUGGCGGAUGCUAUUUGGAGAUACUGA